AAUUAAAAAAAACAUAUAUUAAAUAAAAUUUCAGAAUUUCCCACAAAUUGAAUCCCCAAUUUCGUCUCUGAUUCUGAAGAAAACAAACACAGGGAAGAUGAUGGGUGGUGGUGGGAGUGUGUAUUGGGGGAGGAAGGAGGAAGGCGGUGAAAUCAAGGGGAUUGUGGUGAUUUUUGCUUGGGUUUCGAUCCAGGAGCAGCACCUCCGGAGUCACGUCGACUUGUAUUCGUCUCUCGGCUGGAAUUCCCUCGUCGCUCGUGCAGAUUUCCUCAACGUAUUUUAUCCGGAGAGGGCAACGUCAUUGGCGUUUGUUCUUCUAAAUGAGCUUAUGGAGGAAUUGAAGAUUAGAACUUGUCCUGUAGUGUUUAUUGCCUUUUCUGGUGCGCCUAAAGCUUGCAUGUACAAGGCCUUUCAGAUUAUUCAGGGAACAGGUGAAGGUCAGCUUAAUUUGGACGAAAGUGAGCUGGUUAGAAAUUGUCUUUGUGGACAUAUUUAUGAUUCUAGUCCAGUAGAUUUUGGAGGUGAUCUGAAUGUUCAAUUUGCUUUGCAUCCUGCCAUUCGGAAAAUGCGUGGACCAUCUAAACUUGUAUCCUGGGUUGCUAAAGGUGUGGCUUCCAGUCUGGAUGGUUUGUAUCUUACUAGGUUUGAGUCUCAACGUGCUGAGUAUUGGCAGACACUUUACUCCUCAGUUGAAAUAGGCGCUCCAUUCCUCAUUUUUUGCUCAGAUAAUGAUGUCCUUGCACCAUAUCCUGUCAUCAGCAAUUUUGCUCGACUCCUACAAGAUAUUGGGGGAGAUGUUAAGGUUAUAAAAUGGAGUGGAUCUCCUCAUGUAGAACAUUACAAGCAUUAUCCUAUCCAGUACCGUGCUGCUGUGGCUAACUUUCUGGAAGAAGCAGCUUUAGUUUAUUCCCAUAGAGUCCAGCAACUUGGACGAAGAUCAGGUCUGCAUGAUGAGAUAUCUGAGGUAAUCUGUGAUCUCCAGAAAGUAGCAGUUAGUUCAAAUGAAAGUCUAACAAGAGUUGCAGUUGGCCCUAGUGACCACUUUUUUGUGUCAAGUUCAUCUGAGUAUCACAAUCGUAGAGAGUCUGGACCUCUACAAGAUGAGCACAGAGAACCAUCAAUCCAUUUGCCCGAACCUCCAAGCAUCAAUGCACAUGGGGUUCUUGGAAAAAUCCUCUUUGAUGUUUGUGUUCCGAAGAAUGUUGAAGGUUGGGAUAUUAGAUUUUCAGGUUCUCUAAAGGGGCAGCAAUUCACUUCUGCUCAUAGGCAUUCACCUCUCCUUGGUGUCAAGAGCAACCGGCGGUCAAGAUUAUGAUCUCUCUCACUUCUGUUAGGGUGGACUGUCCAAAAGCUUCUAAGAAAUUAUACAAGAAGAACAAGCCUAUCAAGAUGGUUCAAGAUGGCCAGCAUUUAGAGGUGAGCACUUGCAACGUUUUCUAGGAAAUAGAGUUAUUUUUGCUUGCUUAGUUGGUUAAUGCGCAGAUGAAGUGUAUGGGAAGAACAAGAAGCAUGAUCAUUUGUAUAUACUGUCUAUAUGUUAAAAACUGCACUUCUAUCUGAUGGGCUAUGAAAUUGCAUGGGGAAACCAUUGGUAGUCUAUCUGUAAUCCUGAAGCAGCAUUGCAAAUCAUAUAUAUGUGGUCUAUCAAAGGGUCAGCAAUAGCCCCAAGGGAAUGGUUAAAUCAACGGCCGGGAUUUUAGAAUCUGAAGAUGUAACUGUAAGUAGCACGAUGUGUACAAUUACAUUUCCUUUUUGUAUAAAAUCAUGAUGAGAGAAAAUUAUCAAAUAAUCUACGUUCUAUGUAUCAAUGUUUCGGGAAUAGGUUAAUGAUAAAAAUCCUUUUAUUAU